GAAUUGCAGAUAAUCCUGUGUUAUGCAGGUUGAGAGCUCAAGGGAGGUGAGACCUUCUCCAGGCUGUGACAGGGGUCAAGGUGUUUGUUGAUAAGAAUGGUAGUGGCCAGGUGCUGCAGGAAGUCCUGUCCCCUGACUUGGCCAGCAGCAUGGCCCCAGAAGGGAAACUCUUCCCCUCCCAAGAGAAGGGAAGUCUUUUGCUCAAGGUCGCAUAACUAGUAAAUGGCAGAGGGAAGGUCUGGAUCAUUCGGAAGCCUUCAGAGUCAUCAAGGUCCCACCCAACACUCAGUCUGAUGCCUGUCCAGCCCUCCAACCACCUGGAAUGGAAUGAGCCUAUGCACUCCCUCCGGAUAAGUGUGGGGGGCCUUCCUGUGCUGGCGUCCAUGACCAAGGCUGCAGAUCCCCGCUUCCGCCCACGCUGGAAGGUGAUCCUCACGUCCUUUGUGGGUGUUGCCCUCUUCUGGCUGUUCUACUCCCACCGCCCAGCUCCAGGCAGGUCCCCCACCCACAAUGCACACAACUGGAGGCUCGGCCAGGUGCCUGCCACUCAAUACAAUGACACUUACCCCCUCUCAGCCCCGCAGAGGACAUCAGGCGGGAUUCGAUAUCGAAUCGCCGUCAUUGCUGACCUGGACACAGAGUCCAGAGCCCAGGAGGAAAACACCUGGUUCAGCUACCUGAAGAAGGGCUAUCUGACUCUGUCAGACAGUGGGGAUAAGGUGGCUGUGGAAUGGGACAAAGACCACAGUGUUCUGGAAUCCCACCUGGCGGAAAAGGGGAGGGGCAUGGAGCUGUCUGAUCUGGUCGUGUUCAAUGGGAAACUCUACUCCGUGGAUGACCGGACAGGAGUUGUCUACCAGAUCGAAGGCACCAAGGCUGUGCCCUGGGUGAUUCUGUCCGACGGCGAUGGAACCGUGGAGAAAGGCUUCAAAGCUGAGUGGUUGGCUGUGAAGGAUGAGCAGCUGUAUGUGGGCGGCCUGGGCAAGGAGUGGACCACGGCCACUGGGGAAGUGGUGAAUGAGAACCCAGAGUGGGUGAAGGUGGUCGGCCACAAGGGCAGCGUGGACCAUGAGAACUGGGUGUCCAGCUACAACGCUCUGCGCGCCGCUGCAGGAAUCCGACCACCAGGCUACCUCAUCCACGAAUCGGCCUGCUGGAGCGACACUCUGCAGCGCUGGUUCUUCCUGCCGCGCCGGGCCAGCCGUGAGCGGUACAGUGAGAAGGACGAUGAGCACAAGGGCACCAACCUCCUCCUGAGCGCUGCCCAGGACUUCGGGGACAUCUCCGUCCGCCACGUGGGUGAGGUGGUCCCCACGCAUGGCUUCUCGUCCUUCAAGUUCAUCCCCAACACUGACGACCAGAUCAUUGUGGCCCUCAAGUCUGAAGAGGACAGCGGCAAGGUGGCCACCUACAUCAUGGCCUUCACACUAGACGGGCGCUUCCUGCUGCCAGAGACCAAGAUUGGAAGCGUGAAGUACGAAGGAAUAGAAUUCAUUUAAAUUAAGGCAUUCCGACGUCGGUCACGGCUGAGAGAGACAGUCUUCGCUGCAAUGGAACUGAGGUUUUAUAAAAACCAAAGGACUGCACUUUUGUUUUGUCUUGUUCUUUUUGUAACCAUGAAGUGUGUGCCUAGCUUAGGGAUUUCCAGAAUGGGGAUUCAGACCCAGGGCAUGUGAAGCAGCUGAACGUGUCAUGGGAGGUGUGAUGUCCUGGAGCUGGGAUGGCCCCUCAGGAUUUUUCUGCCAGAGCCUCUCAGCACUGCCACCUGGUGGUGGACAUUAAUCACUAUAUAUAGACACCUUGAUAGGGGCCUGGCCUUGAGUUCUGCCCUGCUCUUCCAUCUGACCUGUCUUUCCUGACUUCCCGUGAGUUCUCUGUUCAGUACCUAUUUCUGGAGCACCUGCAAUGCUAGACGCUGUGCCCUGCACCGGGAACAGCGGUGAGCAAGAAGUGUGCCUGCCCAGGAGGGACUCCAGACCACCCCACUUCGUGCUCCUCUGGGAGCCUUGGGCAUUCCAUGUGUCCUGCCAACCUUGGGAGUUAAUGUUUACACUGCAGGAUACAGGCACAGUGAGGGUAGCCUGUAGGGACACGCUGCCCACACUUCCCAGAGAGCCACACAUGAAACGGUAGAACUUCCCUUGCCAAGGACUCAACUUCCUCCCUUCUGAAAGUGCUAUAUAGCACUUUGAGGUUUUAAUUAUUAACUUGUUUUUAUUGAGGCAGUUUCCUCGCAUAAAACAGAAUCACCAGAUCUUAUCACACAGGGCAAAGUCACAACAAAUUUGCUCCCAGCUUCAAGGAAAUUGUCACUAAGCAGCCACAGUUGGCAAAGCCAGUUCACAGUAGAAGUUUCUGAGUCCUUGGCAUGCUGCUGUUUUCUAGCCACUUCCAGAAAGUGCCAUGUCCUUCAAGACUUACGAAUGACUUGAAUGUGUUACUCCCAGGAGGGGCCCUAGCUUCCCGUAGCCCUGCAGUUGAGCCUUGACCCAGGCCUGCUCUGUUCUGGAGAUCAUCCCCGUCAUCUCCUGGGGUCUCCACUACCACCUCUUCCCAGUGGACACUUCACACAGACCUUGGCUCCUUUUAGGUCCCUGCUGUGUCCUCUUGAGACUCUGGGGCAGAGACAGGGGAUCAGGGCAGAGGCUGGUGGGACUGACGUGGAGAAGGGACAUCAUAGCUCUCCUCCCCAUGGCAACUACCUCACCCCAUGUCACCCUUCAGGAUAGCAGAGGCACCAUGUUGAGGGGAGGCCCCAGGGCUGUGACUGGCCGUGUUAACCUUCACACACCUCUUCCACUUAGGAACUUAGGAUGCCUGCCUAGAAGAGCUAGUCAGUGAGCUCUCUUCUGGCUGUCUCAUCCUCACACUUCAGGAGAACAGCAGAAGAGAAGCCACAUUAUUGUGACAUUUCUCUGGAGCUCAGCUCCUGCUGGGCACAACUUGGAAGACCCACAUCUCUUGUACCUAUGCCUUGCUGGGCAGUCUGAACCCCUCAACAAAUGUCAGUGAUGUUGGGUUGUGUGAUUUUAAAAGUAGAGAUGAACUUAGGAGUGGGGAGGACGUGGGACAGUCACUAAAUUGAAGCAUUUCUAAUGUGUUGUUGGCCCAGAGUGGAGCAGCAUUUUCACACAGUGAUUUUUAAAGAUUUUAAAGCUAGCCUUUCCCUCAGCAUUUGCUACUGUCAACAUAAUGAUUGUGUUCCUGCCCUCCAAAUCCAUUUGUUUUAUAAACUAUAAUAAAGUGUCAGAAGGAAAUGA